CACACGUGGGAUCAGCUUGUACACUGCCAAGCGGCCUCAGCGAGAGAGACAUCCAGAAGCUGGCUCUGUUCCCAGGGCUGCCCUUCUGCCCUCCUCCCUGCCUCUCUUUGCCCUUGCUCUUCCACUCUCCGUUUAGCGUCGUUUAUCCUCCUUCCUAAAAUUCCUGACCCCUUGCAAUGGGCCUCCCCGUUGUCUCUCUAUCGUCUUGUCAUGCUCAGCUCGCUCUCUCCUCUAACUUUGUUGCAUGUUUCCCAGUUUCUGUUCCUCGCUACUCUGGUCUCUGUUUCACGCCAGCCAGUUCGAGACUGCCGACGUCUACAUUCUCCUCACGGCCAUCGCACUUUCGGACUCCAUUAAUUAGAGCAGAGGGUGGACGGCAGCCUUGGGAUAUCGGACGCUUCAUUCAGACUCUGUAUUUUUUCAACGGGCCACCUUCAAUUAGCAAAUUUGUGAGCUCGGUGAUGCAGUCUAUGGUGAAAGAGAAAGAAGAGUCUGGUGGUAGUAACAACGGUAGAGAUGGGGGCUUAGUGCUGGUGACAGGUGCCACUGGGGGGGUGGGCAAGCGAGUCGUGGACGAACUGCGUAAGAAUGGCGUGCAGGUCCGGGCUCUGGUUCGAAGUGUCGAGAAGGCCCAAAAUCUGCUGAAUUCGGAUGUAGACAUCGUUGCAGCAGAUAUUACACAGAGUGCCACACUGCUGCCGGAGUACUUCGAAGGAGUGACGAGUGUUGUGGUGGCUCACAGCUGUAUUGUUGGACCCAAGGAGGGAGACACAGCUGAACGUCAGAAAUAUUACCAAGGCAUCAAAUUCUUCGACCCUGAAGUGAAAGGAGAUACUCCUGAGGCUGUGGAGUAUCGAGGUUUGCAGAAUGUUCUUGCUAAGAUCAAACAAUACGCUUCCCUUCCGUCUGAAUCACGAGUUCUCUUCUGCAUGUCACCCAACGGAGUGCCCAUUGGACCGGCUUGGGGGGCUUUGGAUGAUGUAGUCAUGGGAGGUGUUAGCGCCAGCUCCUUUCAGGUCAGUGCCACGGGUGGAGAAGACGGAGGACCCGUUGGCUUGUUCAAAGGAUAUGUUUCCACUGAUAACAACGGAGGAUUCGCCAGUAUUCGUUCACGCAAUUUUGAGCCUGUUCUAGAUUUGAGCGCGUACGGAGGCUUCGAAUUUCGACUGAAAGGAGAUGGGCACCGUUUUAAGUUCAUAGUGCGCACUAGUACAGACUGGGAUGCUCUGGGCUACACUUCUGGUUUUGACACCGUGAAGGGAGAAUGGCAAACAAUUCGUAUUCCAUUCUCCUCGUUAGUUCCUGUUUUCCGCGCUCGGACGGUGAAGAAUGCCCCGCCGUUUGACAGCUCCAAGAUCGCAUCGUUGCAGUUACUGUUUAGUAAGUUUGAAUAUGACGAGAAACUGAACCCUAAAUUUGAAGCGGGACCAUUUGAACUUCCGAUUGCUAGCAUAAAAGCAUACUUGAAGGAGCCUGUUACUCCGCGUAUUGUGCAUCUCAGCUCUGCCGGAGUCACUAGACCUGAUAGGCCAGGUCUGGAUUUAAGCAAACAGCCGCCUGCAGUCCGAAUGAACAAGGAACUAGGUUAUAUUUUAACAUACAAGCUAAAAGCUGAAGAUUUGGUGAGAGAAAGCGGAAUACCUUACACCGUAAUAAGGCCCUGCGCUCUUACGGAAGAACCAGCAGGGGCGGAGUUACAAUUCGAUCAGGGCGACAAUAUUACGGGGAAAAUCUCAAGAGCUGAGGUGGCACGGAUUAUUGUUGCUUCAAUGUCCUCCCCAGCUGCGCGAGACAAAACGUUCGAAGUGAAGAGUACUGUUCCUUUCAGCCAACCGUUCACAGUAGAUCCUGCAAAUCCCCCUCCUGUACGUGAUUAUGAACCAUUUUUCAGUAAACUGAAGACGGGAAUUACAGGAAAAGAGGCCUUGAAUCAAGCAGAGGUAGCUGUAUAGAAACGUGCACAGAUUUCUUUCGAUCAGCCGGCGUGCUGAUAUAAUGCAAUCUGAAUCCCACUGUACAUAUGAAUGAGGUUUAUUCAUUUCAAUAAAGCCUUUGUAUCUAUCCCUCUUAAGAGGAUCGUGCCGAGA